AUGGCGAACGAAAAGAAGGCCGUCCAGGUGUUUGGCAAGAAGAAGAAUGCCACAGCCGUCGCUCGCGCUGUGGAGGGCCGUGGCCUCAUCAAGGUCAACGGCAAGCCUCUGAAGCUUUUCGCCCCCGAGAUCCUCCGGGCCAAGCUCUACGAGCCCAUCCUCAUCCUCGGCACCGAGAACUUCGCUGCCAUCGAUAUCAGAAUCAAGGUCGCUGGUGGUGGUCACACUUCGCAGGUUUACGCUGUGCGCCAGGCUAUUGCCAAGGCUGUUGUCGCCUACUACGCCAAGUACAUCGACGAGCACACCAAGAACGUCCUGAAGAGCUCCCUCAUCCAGUUCGACCGCAGCCUCCUCGUCGCCGAUCCCCGUCGGUGCGAGCCCAAGAAGUUCGGUGGUAAGGGUGCCCGCUCCAGAUUCCAGAAGUCUUACCGUUAA